CCUUCAACUCGGUAGAGAUCUUAUAGACUUCAAAAUGCCUAAUGCCAGGAAAAAGAAGGCCGCCAAAAUGGAAGACUUCAAAAAAAAGAAGUUGAAAGUAGGGAAGAAAAAGGCUGUGCCCGAUAGUUACACUGAUACUUCCUUUAAAUCAAAAAGUGUCGUAUUGCCAAACCAAAGUAUCACUGAAGAUAAAUCACAUGAAGUGACGACCAAACGUAACUUGACCAUGAGUGACCUUGUUGCACAACUAAGACAUUACAACUCAGGUGUCAAGAAAGAUGCACUCGCCGGUUUGACAGAACUUUGUAACGGUCAUCCUCAACUUUUAGCGUCAUCAUUGGGGCUUGUAGUAAAUGGAUUGCUAAAGUUAUUUAUUGACGAUGAUCAUGAAGUUAGAAAAGCAACCUACAAAUUUUUGAAUGAGACCUUUACUGAACUUCACCGCGUAGACUUGCAGCCUUUUAUGCCCUUGCUGAUCAUGUACACUUGCUCAGCCAUGACCCAUAUCUUUGAGGAUGUUCGACUGGACGCCGUAAAACUCAUGGAUUUAUGGAUAAAGAUGACACCUGAUAUUGUUGUAUCCAAGUUCUGGAAUCGUAUUACAGGCAACUACAUGAGUUUACUAACAGUUGACUCGAACAGUGUCAAUACUAGUUCCAGCACAGGCGCAAUGUUGAAAAUAACAUCAUCGACAAAUGUGAAUGCAGCAGUGAACAGGUCUCAUUUGCAAGUACAUAAAAGCAAAUUAAGGCUUCUUCAAAGUCUUUCUCUUUUUCUGGAGGCUGGCCUUUCAACCCCAUCGAUGUCAGAAACAGAGUCAAACAGCGACCAUCGAGAAGAAGCAAAAGAUCCGUUUUGGUUUUUGUAUAAUUAUUUAGAGCUCAAGCAUGCAAGGGAAAGCUUUAUAAUGAAAAUGGCACAAUACCAUGACGUGGAUCCAUCAAAAACAGUCAUAUGGAGAAAGACACUUGAGAAGAAUGCGUUUACACCUAUUCAUCCUAUGGCGUCGGCAGUUGCGCCGUUUUUAUCUACUCCAGGAUCUGAUUUAUUCAAUUAUUCUCACUUGAAUCUAUUUGAAUCCUCGGGGCCACGAAGUCAAUCCAACAAUACCAAUACUGUCAACACAGCUACAAAAGCGUCUACUAGCUCAGCCGACCUACAUAUGAAUGAAUUUAGCAUGGAGGAUAGAAUGAAGAAUAUCAAGGAAUUGAUAGAAACCUUUCAACCCAUUCUGAUUGCAUCUUGGCUUGAAGCAGCUCCGUCCGUGUUCAUGUCUGUCAGCAAUAUUUCACAUACACCCGCUUUAAAGCUCAUUUAUGCAAUUUUGAAACUUUCUCUGGUUAUGUGGAGAGCAAUGGUUGGCUCUGAUAACAUCAAGACCUUGUCUUUGUCAUGGUUGCAAACGCAACUUGAAUCUUUACUGAAGCAUUUCACAGUCUAUUUUCCCUUUGGCGCUGAUGCCAUUGGUAACCGAGGAAAUGAAGUAGAGGACAUGUUAUUGAAAAUGAAUAUCAUGGCAUGUGAAUUGACCUCUUUAUACCUUUUGGCAAGAACGAUGAUCCAAAACAACACGGAAAAUAACCGCACUGCUCGUAGACGAAUGAGUAAAAAGGCUAAACUAGACAAAAAUGACGAUACCGAAAAUGAAAUAGAUAGAGUACCCGAAUGGGCAGAGCCAGUAGUAGAACAUAUUUUAGGCGCUCUUGGCUCAGAUCGCGAGGGUAAUACUGUGUCGACGAGUACUCAUUUCAAAGCAGAACAUUUAAUGUCGCUGUUACCAGCUAUAUGGGGCUUCUUGAAUUGCUUGAAUUACGAAGAGAGUAUUUUGCUCAUGAAAGCGACCAUCCAUUAUUAUCACUCCUGUCAACCUACUUCCGCAUCCAAACGUGUGCUGUUAAACUUCAUUAUCCGUAUCUUUAUGUUACAAUCCAUGGCUGGGUACAAUGGUCAUUUUAGGAUACUUAAAUAUUCUGCUCUAGCAUCUUUAUUAGAAGAAUGGUUCUUAAGUUUACCGAAACUACUAUGGCAAUUAAGGACGCAUGCUAUUGAGUCCAGUCGGGCUAUUCUGAACUUUAUGUGUGAUAUUGCCAAACGUGGUGACAAGGAUAUAUUCAGCCAAGAAACUUUAUUAGAGGCAGAGACAAAACUUAUACCCUUCUUUUUUGUGAACGUGGCGAGCAAAGGCCCUUUAUAUGGUCCCUUUUUGGAGUUGCCGGCAGAUAUUCAACAGCGUGCUCUAGAUUAUGUAUUUUAUUUAAAUAGCAAAGCAGACAAAGUGAUAUCAGCUAUCGAUCGUUGUAGAGAGAAACAACUACCAGCACCUAUUGGACUGUACUGAAAAAGCCUAAACUUCAUUUAUCAAUAUUCAAACUUUGUACAUAAUGACGUCCCUCUACUUGGACUACUUCCAUAGAAAACUCUUUAAAUAGGAUAUAUUCACCCUUUAGCAGAAAAAAAAAUUGA